AUGUUGGUCACUCCCAAUCUGGAUGAUCUAACGGUUUGUUUCUCGGAUGCAGCAUGGAGACAUGAUCUUAAUAUGGCAGCUUUUGGAUGCAUCUUCACCGACAAACAGGGCAAUAUUAUCUACCAAGCAUCGCGAACAGAGAAGAAUGUCUCAGCACCACGAGUAGUGGAAGCUUUGGCUCUUCGAUUUGCACUCCUUACAUCCCUCUCCCAGGGCUUCUCAGAAAUUUGCUUCAACACAGAUUGUCAGGCGCUGGUCUUAGCGCUCUCCUCGACUGCUCCUCCGGCGGAUCUCUACGGGAUCAUCCUGGACAUCGAACACCUAUCCUCCUCGUUCUCUCAGAGGCUUGAGCUUUUAUCCUAA